GUAAUCAGAAAGAGGAGGAAUCAUGCGAAAACGAUCAGCGUAACUUGUCGAAGUUAAUCCGUCCUUCUGCGCCAUGUCCCACAGGGAGGCCCGGGUGUGUUUGAGGCUGCUGCUUUUCCUCCAUGUCGCUUCUCAGUGUGGGACAGACGGACUGCAGCGGUGGCCUGUUCCCUACAGGCGCUUUGACCGCCGACCUCCAGCUGACUCCUACUGUGAAGCUCUCUACCCUUUCUGCCCCACCGGAGACCGUGAUGGACGGUUUCCCUACAUCAGAGACAGUGAUGUCGUCUCCGUUUACAGGCUGCAGACACCUGUGUGGGAAUUCAAAUAUGGAGAUGUGCUGGGCAAGUUUCACAUUAUGCACGAUGCCAUCGGCUUCAGCAGUCUGGAGACUGGAGCCAACUACACCAUGGAGUGGUACGAGCUCUUCCAGCUGGGCAACUGCACCUUCCCUCACCUGAGGCCAGACAUGUCUGCACCCUUCUGGUGCAACCAGGGAGCCGCCUGCAUCUUCGAAGGCAUCGAUGACCUACACUGGUCGCAGAACGGCACGUUGGAGAAAAUCGGAGAAGUGACAGGGAGUCAGUUCAACGCAAUGGCCCAGUGGGUGCAGGACGACAACAACACUGGGAUCUACUACGAGACUUGGACGGUCCGUUCAGACCCCGGCCCAAACGCAACGGUUUGGUUCGAGUCGUAUGACUGCUCCCAGUUCGUCCACCGCACAUACAGAAAGCUUACCGAGCUGGGAGCCAAACUGUCCAGCCGCUCACAGACCAACUACACCAAGAUCUACCUGUACAGCGGCGAGCCCACCUACCUGGGCAACGACAGCGCCAUAUUUGGGCAGCCCGCUCUAAAAAACCUUGCAGCGGACAUUCGGCGGUUUUACCACGCAUUCAGACCGCACCAGUCUAUCUUCGAGCUGGCUUUCAGUCUGCUGGAGGCUUAUCACGAUGUAGUGUUGGACAAGAGCUUCUACCUUUACUAUAACUUUGAGUACUGGCACCUCCCAAUGAAACCUCCAUAUGUGCAGAUCACAUAUGAGGAGGUCCCACUGCCUUAGCAACCAGCUUCCUGGAUACUUGGAAAUGUUUUUAUUUCAAGUACAACUUGUUUAUUUUAAUGCUGAUUUGGUUUGUUGUUUGGGUGGAUGAUCCUUAUCUGACCACUAGGUGAAGACACUGUUCAAGACAGAGCAACUACUUUUCUGGAGAUCCAAAAGCUGUGGGCCUUCCCUCAGAUGUUGUAAAAAAAAUCUAACUUGAAUUAAACUUGACCUCAUAUACAGCAGUGUUUACAAUUAAAGGCACACCCAGUAAAAAUGAUCAAAAAGCCUUAAAUUAAAUCUGAUAUUAGAGAAACACAUUUACCAAGUCACGGCUUUAGAAAAGUAUAUGAAUAUUGUUAUGGGCAUCUAAAUAAUCUUAGGGUUGGUCAAAAUAUCUAUGAAGUUUUAAUUCCUAACUGAGAUAUAAAUAUUGCACAAUGAAGAAACCAAUUUCCUCUGUAACGGGCUUCCAAAUGUGAAAGACAAAGGAACAUUAUUCAACAAACGAAUGCACUGAAGCUCGAAAUUAUAAACAGCUCCCAGCAGUUCAAAGAGAUGUUUUCAUUUGUAAUAAAUCCUUUCCUUCAACUGGACACAUACAUACAUAUAUAUAUAUAUAUAUAUAUGUCCAUGGUUGUUUUUUUUAUUAUUAAAGUUCCAACUAACUUAAAGGUGAACUUUUUCAACAUGUUUGCCUUUUUUCACUAUAGGAAUGUUCAUAAUUUUAAGAGGGUGCUGUAUUAAGUGAGUGAUCCUGUUGAGAGCACAUCUUAAUCAGCUGGUUAGAUGCAACCCAUUUUUAUUUUUUUUACAAUUUGUGAAAUAAUAUCUUUGAUAAUGAACUUGAUUAAAAAAAACA